AUGAUUUCCAUUUCUGCUAUCGCGCGACCCUGUGUCCGCCACUUUUCUGCCCAGCGACCCCGUCCAUCCAGCCGUACCGAACGCGCUGUUGUUACAGCCUGCCUGGUCAGCGGCGUUGUGCUCCCAUUUGUGCCCCCCGCCAUGGCGAGCUCACGCCAGCGGAAGUCUGGCAAUCCCAGCAGCAAAGGGUAA